AUGUCGGAUACUAUAUCCCACUUCAUCACUAACGCCAUAAUGGCGUCUAACUGUAACCCUGAGGUGUCCCGCCCUAAGGCCUCUGAAAAUAAGCCAAUAGCACAGGGCGGCCGUAAAGCCACCGCAAAGACCCACCAUGUGGGUGUGCAUGCUUCCAAAACUGAUUUUACGGACAGGUUGCAUCCUGUCAAUAUUGAGGUCGUGGGGCCCCCACGAAAAAGAGCCACCCGCCAAGCAAAAGCGGCACAGACAUGGAAAAGGGCAAAAGCCUUAACAGACUCGUCCGACUCGGAUUCGGAGGAGGUAUUGGAUGAGUCCGACGAGAUCGGCUUCAAUGAAUCAGAGGUUUCCUCCCCGUGCCAGAGCCCAACACGCAAAGCAAGCAUAACCACUGUAGAGAGCGCGGAUACAUACGCUAUCCUUUGCAGAACCCGAGGUCGGCAGAAUGGUUCCCGACCAAACAUGUAG